AUGGCGGAGCUGAUUGCCAAAGUCCUAUCUAUGAGGCUAGCCGCGAUCAUUCCUCAGAUCAUAUCCCCUGCGCAAUCGGCUUUCCAAAAAGGAAAAUGUAUUCAUGAUAGUUAUCUAUACGUGCAAGGAUGCGUAAAAUCUCUUCACGGAAGAAACAAGCCUGCUCUGCUCUUCAAAUUAGACAUAGAAAAAGCGUUCGACUCCAUAUCUUGGGAUUAUCUUCUAGAACUGCUUCAACGUCUAGGCUUCCCCGCUAGAUGGAGAAACUGGAUCUCCAUUCUCCUCUCCACGGUGACAUCCUCCUGUUUGUUAAAUGGUGAUGCGGGGCAGGCCAUUUGCCACUUGCAGGGCCUGAGGCAAGGCGAUCCACUCUCCCCUCUACUGUUCAUCAUCGCCAUCGACCCCCUCUACCGCCUCCUCGACGCUUCUGUAAAUCUUGGCAUCUUCUCUCCCCUGCCAGGAAGAGGUGCCAGCAUGAGGAUUAGCCUCUAUGCCGACGACGCUGUGAUCUUUGCCAACCCGAUCAGAGAGGAGGUAGACUCGCUGCUGCAUCUGCUCAAUCUUUUCGGGGACGUCUCUGGUCUUCGCCUAAACCAAAGCAAAUCCUCGGUGGCCCUGAUUAGGUGCAACAGUAUAGACAUCACUGACGUGCUGCAUAGUUUCGGCGGCACCAUUGUGGGAUUCCCAAUGACUUACCUAGGCCUCCCGGUUUCCACUAGUAGAAUUCGUUUAGUGCACCUUCAUUUCCUCCUUGAUAGAAUUAGGGCUCGCCUCACGGGAUGGAAGGGUAGGCUUAUGAAUCUUGCUGGUCGUAGAAUCCUCGUCCGUAGCGUGCUGUCAGCGCUUCCAACAUUUGCGAUGACGGUGCUGCGGCUCCCAAAAAAGCUUCUGAAGGAUAUUGACAAGGCCAGGCGGCGAUUCCUCUGGGCGUGUGACGAACAAUUGUCAGGUUAUGCUAUAUUGGUUUCCGGAUUAUUGGAGGCUGGUUCUAGAAUUUCUUUUAGGAGGAUUCUUGAGCUGAUUAUUACUUGCAACGUCUGCCCUGACCAGUCUGAUGGAGCUCCCUUCAUAAAAGAAGCUUUGGAAGGACAUUCUGCAUUCGUGCUAGGCAGCGGUUUUGAUAGGAUGGACGAACUGUCAGGUCUUGGAUGUUUUGAGUUCUUCGUGAUCAUACUUCCUAAUUUCUUGAAAAAACUGAGGCUUCCUGACAAGUUCGUGGCGGUGCUCGACGGCUGUGAGCCCCGGGAAGUGAAGCUACGGGAGGCCAGUUGCCGGCAUCGCUCGUGGGACGUCGAAGUAGUGUUCGACGCCGACCGCCACAUGUACCUGAAGCGCGGCUGGGAGCAGUUCGCCCGGGCUCAUGAUCUACGGCUCGGGCACUUCCUCGUCUUAAGCUAUGACGACCGCCGCCACGCCAUGCUCACCGUGAAGGUGUUCGAUGGAAGCAUGUGUCGCAGGCACUACCAACAUGGCGAUGUUGCCAAGAAUCCAUCUGCAGAUGAGUCUGUGCAGUUGAAUGAUCUUCAGAUGCCCUCGAAGGACUAUUUCUUAUCAGGGAAAUGUGAUCUUGCAGUAUCACAGAAGGCAAAAAUACAUGAAUUAGUCAAUGAAAUUCAACCUAAAAUUCCAGUGUUCAUUGUACUGAUAAAGAAGAGCAAUGUAGACCAGCGGGGUACUCUGGGGAUAUCUAAGGAUUAUGCUCUCAAAUACUUUCCAUGUGAAGAUACAAAUAUCAUUCUCCAGUUGCCUAGGAAAAACAAGGCUUGGAAAUGCAGAUUGCAUAUCAGGCCAUCCGGCAUGUCUAAUCCAGGUCGGCGCAGCCUUAAUUGGGGCCCCUUUGCCCGUGACAAUGAUGUGAGGGAGGGUGAUAUCUUCCUCUUUCAACCAAUGACAAAUGUGAAGCAGAGAAGAUUCCUAGUGACAGUACAUCUACUUCACAAUGCGACCCUUGAUCAUUCUGCUUGUGGAAGAGCCGACGUUGGCUCAAAUCGUGGAAGUACAAGUGCCAAGAAGAUGGGCGGUGUGAAGGAGGAACCACCCACCGAUGGUGAAGAGUACUCUUCAGAACAAGAAGAGCAUGAAGUCUCUGGGGAUUCCGAGGGAGCUUCUGAGCCUCUCUUCAUCCUGGCUGACAGAGCUUCUCUAUCACCAGAACAGAACAUGAAAUGUCUGGAGAAAGUUGAGGAGAUUAAGUUCAAACCGCCCUUUUAUGUUGCUAUCAUGAGCAAAAGCAGUGUGUGUCAGCGUGGCAGCCGAUGUUCUGCGAAGCUACACUUUGGCUCUCAGUAUGCGGCCACAUAUCUAGUUCAGAAGUUUGCUGCUAGCCUUCAUCAUGGAGAGAAUAGUUCAAUCAGUUUGGUGCUUCAGCGGGAGGGUAAGAGCAGAUCAUGGCCUACCAAGCUGCAAUGUAAGUAUCGCACGCGAGGCACGAGCAAUAAGAUGACCUAUCUCAAUGGAUGGCCGUCUUUUGCCCGCGACAACCACCUGCGGGAGGGAGAUAUCUGUCUCUUCAAGCUGAUGGAUAAUGAGGAGCAGCUGAGGAUGAUGGUCUACAUCGUACGCCGCUAGAAAUGUUAAGCAUGUCUUGCAUGCUGCUGCUGCAAUGAUCUUGAACUCUGGGAGUGGAAAACUAUGUGUGGCUUAUAUCCAAAUGACGGGCUCGUACGUACAACAAGAAACUUCUCUGCUUAUCUAUAUCAUUAGACAUAAUCUUAGUGUUUUCUUAC